ACUUUGGGCGAGGACCACGGGGACGAUCUUGGUGAGCUGCAAGGUGUUCCUCUCUAGCAACACAAGUCAAAACUUAAGAUAACAUCCAGUAGCAGUAAUCGCCGUAAUGUGACGUACCAGCGCACUGGUCCGAGGGUUGGUGGCACCUUCCUGUUGCUGCCUCUGCUCCUGCAUUCGUUUCUGCCUUUGGCGGUCCUGAUUCCUGGUAAGGAUUCCCGUCAUGCUCAUCCUGGGUCCAGGCAGGUUAAACUGAUAGCCAAGCUUGAUCAAGUUGUAGUUUUCCCUGAGUAUCUUCACCAUCUCCAUCUCAACCUAAAGCCGGGCAAGCCAUGUUGUGACAUACAGAAUAUAAGCUGUAAACAGGUCAACCAUCCAACCAACCUGUCCUCCACACAUGUGCCUCUGGUUGUGGAAUCGGAGCUCCGUCAGGGUGUUGUUUGCCGGCAGAGCUUGAACCAUGGCCAUCACGCCCUUCCCGCUCACGUAGUUGGACUCGAUGUUGAGGCUGACGACGGACGAGUUCUCCCGCAGCAUCUUGGCGAUAGCCAGGGCCACCGGGUCGUCUGCUCGGGUGUUGGCGAGGCUGAAGAGUCGCACUGGUGUUUUCCUGCCAUUACGACCAACGUGGCCAUCUCAUGACACAACUUAAGAAACUCCAGUCAGAUGAUCUUCAAGGCACACUGUGUCCUCUUCUUGAGCCACUUGUUGACAAGUUUGAAUCUGUGCACGGGGAAAUUUGGAGCGCCAAUAACUGAUGAUGUGAGCAAACUGUCGCUACUGAAGCACAACGUCCCCUCAGAUUAUGAGAUUCCAGUUCAGUACAUUCCCAAAGAAGUGGCUGGUGAGUGCUGGGUGGUGUUAAACAUCUACCCCUUGGAGCAAAGUCUUCGCCACCUGGCCAGCAUGUUUGGCGCCAUCUCUUCCAACAAGGACAACAUCACCGUCUUCAUCGCCAUGCUCAAGAGCCUACGCUUCACCUUUGACCACGGGGAGCUGGAAACAGCAAUGCAAGUCUUCCAGUGUCACUACGAGGAAGAGAGGUUAAAGAGCGCUCUUUAUUUCGACUACAUUGAGGAUAUCCUCCGUGCUGCGCGUGAGGAAACCUCCAGCUUCUCCUGCAAGCCGCCCCCGUGUCUCCACACGCAGCAAACACCAGGGGGUCGCCAGGAAGGUCGGGAAUACAGAUGGUGGAAAAGAACGCCGUUGCUGCUGGUCUUCAUUCCUGUAACAGCUUGCGUCACGCUCAUCUUAUGGCGGGUAAAAUCUAGACGCCAUUUACCAGAGCGCCGUGCUGAAAACGUCCAACUGGCCGCACCUUGUUACAUGAUUCCGAGUGUGUCCGUCUCCAUCCCGCUUCAAACGGACGCCAACAGUCUCCCAGGGGAGGACGCCAUCCCGGGGCAUGAAAGCGGAUGAAGAUGGAGGAAUCUGUACAGGAGAAGAUUGUUCGGGAACCAUUUUCUGUUUGCGGUGCACAAAACGAGGUCCAUGCAGGCCUGUUUGGAUGGGUUUGCUGUGCAGGAGCAUGAUCUGGUGAACUUUCACCUCACAAAUGCUUUUCUGGAGGAAUAGACUCCCAAAGACAGUCUUCAUUUAUUCUAGAAAGGAGCCUGAGGAUUUAGCAUAGGGGUUUCCCACAUUGUGUACUGUAUAUUAUGACGGGAUGAGAACGUACAUGUAUGAAAACAUGUGUUUGAGCCACUCUUGCACUUGUUGUCGGCAACAGCUGGUCACAAACAACCGUGGUUCAACAAGAGUCCCACUCUGUAUAUCAAAGCUCAGCAGCAGAUGGCACAGAUAGAGAUGUGAAUCCCUCCAUUGUGUCCCCAGUGAUCUAUCGCUUCUUCUUCUUCUUCGUCUUCUUCUUGGACCACAGUGAAGAGCGCUGGAGUUUUUUUAAUGCCUCAUUCACUGAGUCAAUCCAGUUCAGUCAUGAGACUCAGUGGAGAGUGAGCGCUCUUGUCCGGGAUGUGUCACAGACGACAGGAGCGUGGAGGAGAUACAGACAGGACGGACGGACGGAUGGCAUGAGCUCAGCGAGGAGCAUAAGAGGGGGGCUUGUUCUCGCCACAAAAGACGUGGCCGUAGGCUGGAGGAAAUGCCACUCACAAACACGACUGAUGUCGGCAGAGCUCGAUGAAUCAACACGCGAGGAAUCUCUGCAGACCGCAGCAACUGAACGACGGAGGAUGAUUCAUAUUUCAAUAACAGUUUUUGGUAUCAGAAUGACUGCUUUCCAAGAACACCUUCGUUGAAAUGUUAUUUUGCUACACAAAUGUCACACAUUCUCCAUGUCAGUGUGAGAUAUAACAACAGUUACAGCUUUCAUUAAAAGUAUUUUUCAUUGUUUUUGUACUGUUUUGUGAUUUUAAAACAUGACAAAUUAUGCAUCAUACACAAAUGUGUUCCUAAUAUUUUGAUCAGCUUAUUCAGCCACACAACUGGCUCCAAACAUUAGAAACAGCUGUCAGUAUGAUCACUUUCAUUU